CCGAACACGACCCGUCCGGCUCCUCAUAUUCUUCUGGACUCUGACUUUUCGGAAUAUGAGGAGGACCGUGAUUUGUAUGACCGGCUGCCUGAGUACGACUCCGAUGACUUUGAUUUUGAAUCUCUUUGCCCGGCUUUUCAUCCCAGUCAGUUUGCUCCACCUCCCCACGUUCCCAGCACCCGAACGUCUUUGCCCGGUGGAUAGAAAUACACCAAUCCAUUUGAGGAAACCCGCUUGGCCAUCUACCCGGGACCUCCGCGUGGCGGCCAGAGGAUACGCCCCGGCCGGGCGCUCCCUGAGGUCUCCCGCUGCGCGGCAACGAAGACACCGUCCUCCCACGCCUCGCCUGCAACGGUGAGACCGGCAGAUCCGCAGCUGGUGGCGAAGCUUCCAGCCCAGAGGGAGGAGGAGCUGCCAAAUCACGAUGCAUUCUACCGUGAAAUGUGGGCGGAGAUAGAGCGGCAGAGCGCCAAAUUGGCGGCUCUCACGUCCCAGGUCCGGCAUGGAUUGGCGAACCAGCCGAGCUAUGCUGACGUCGCAACGGCGACGGACUCGCUGCUGACGCAGGUUCACGUGGCAGUUGGAACUGACCCGCUCCCGAGACACGCCCACGUGUCAGUUUCGACUGACUCUGUGCCUACUCUCGUUCACGUUGCCGUGGAAACAGACCCGCCCCGUCGCCAAGCGCACGCUGCAGUGGGAACGGACUCGCCACCUUGCCAAGUGCACGUCGCAGAGGGAACGGACUCGCCACCUUGCCAAGCGCAUGUAGCUGUGGAAACUGACCCGCCUCCUCGCCAUUCCCACGUCGAGAUUUUGGCUGUUCCGAGCAGAGUUCACGCGGCAAUUGGAACUGACCCGCUACCGAGACACGCCCACGUGUCAGUUUCGACUGACUCUCUGCCGACUCUCGUUCACGUUGCCCUGGAAACAGAUUUGCCACCGCGCCACGCCCACGUUGCUGUCUCAACGAAUGCACCGCAAGCUCAUGUGGCAGUGGGGACUGACCCGAUGCCACCUCACGUUGCUGUCCAGGAGGUGGCAACGUCUCCUUAGCCGCUUCUCGUCCGUGCUCUGGAGUACCAGUGGCGACUGGCCCACGGAUGCUUUACACUCCUGCUUCGUCGGUGACCGGCACGCGGUCGCUCCCCGUUCCUGCUCUGUGGGCGACCGGCACGCGGUCGCUCCCCGUUCCUGGAGGUGGCGACGGUUCCCCAGCCGCCUCACGUUCCCGCCCAGGAGGAGGUAGAGUUGGUGAUGCUGCCUCCGCCUUCUCACGUUCCUGUCCACGAGGAGGUGGCAUUGGCGCUGCCUUCUCACGUUGCUGUCCAAGAGGUGGCGAUGGCGAUGGUGUCGCCGCCUUCUCACGUUGCUGUCCAGGAGGUGGCGAUGGCGAUGGUGUUGCCGCCUUCUCACGUUGCUGUCCAGGAGGUGGCGAUGGCGAUGGUGUCGCCGCCUUCUCACGUUGCU